AUGGCUGCUUCCACCGUAAUCAUGGAAGAGAAAAAGGAAGAUUCAAUCGAUAGGCAGAAGGUGUGUCCGUUUUUGUUGAGAGUAUUCGUUUCAUCAAACGGUUCUCAUCACAAACCCUCCGAUUAUAUUAAGGGCAAUACUCCCCAGAACGAGUUGCAAAUAUAUACUUGGAAAGAUGCUACGCUGCACGAGAUUACCCAGCUAGUGAAAGAAGUGAAUCCUGAAGCUAGAAGAAAAGGCACAAAGUUUAGUUUUGCUUCAGUUUACCCAGAUUAUAGACAGCCGAUAUAUCGAAUUAGAGAAAUUGGUACAACGGUAACGGGCAAUAAAGGACCAGAAGAUUUAAAAACUUUGGGUGGAUUAAGAUUAAAUAUCGGUGAUUAUCUGGAUAUUGCAAUUACUCCUCCUGAUUCUUGGAAUUCGUCCCGGAAAGGAUAUUCAAAUAACUUUAAUAAUAGAUCUAGACCUUACUGA